AUGAUCGAGUCCCAGAAUAACGUGGCCCUCGUCUUCGGGGCCAGUGGCAUUUCCGGAUGGGCUGUUACCAAGAAUCUCCUCUCGUAUCCCUCUGCGACGACCUUCUCCAGAGUCAUUGCACUGACCCAUCGCCCGCGAACCGUCGCGGACAGCGGCCUGCCCCUGGACCCUCGUCUGGAGCUGUACUCUGGGGUUGACCUCCGUGCAAACCUGGAAGAUGUCAAGCAGCAGCUGACGAGCAAGAUCCCUAACUUGGAUCAAGUAACCCAUGUGUAUUACCUUGCAUACACCAACGCCACCGCGUACUCGGAGAACGUCAUGGACAUAAAGAACCUCAACGUGGGAAUGACAUUUAAUGCCGUCCAUGCGGUCGACCAGCUCUGUGCGGGCAUGAAAUUCUUCCUCCUGCAGACGGGCACAAAUAACUAUGGUGUGGCCGUCUUCCAAUACAUGGACAAGAUCGAGAUCAACCCUCCUCUGAGGGAAGACCAGCCUCGAAUCCCCUCGCCAUGGGGCGAUGAAAUCUUCUACUACGACCAGGUCGACCUGAUCAAGAAGGCCGCGAAGGGGAAGCAAUGGCGGUGGUGUGAAGUCCGUCCAGACCAGAUCGUUGGGCACGUCCCCGCCGUCACCAGCAUGACCUAUGUUGAGCCCAUUGCUCUAUACCUCUCCCUAUACCGGUAUAUCAAUGGACCGGGGGCGCAGGUGAGGUUCCCUGGCACACAGAAGAACUUUGUCUACACAUUCACCGAGUCCUCUCAGGACAUCAUCACUCGGGCGGAAAUCUACCUGUCAGUGGAGAAGCCCGAGGAAGCCAAUGGGGAGGGCUUCAACAUUGCUGAUACCGACACCCCGGGGCCGUGGUCCGUCAGAUGGCCGAUUCUGGCCCAGUACUUUGGGCUGGAGGGUACAGCCCCCGAGGGAGACGGCUGGGGGGAGAUUGACAAGUGGUGGGCAGAGCACCAGGGCGAGUACCAGAAGAUGUGCGAGGAAUAUGGCCUCAGACAACGGACGGUAGAUGAGGCUACCUGGGUUUUCGUCAAGGCUGGGUUCACUCUCCUCGACAGAAACCGAGAAAUGUGCCUCGACAAGAUUCGCGGGUUGGGCUUUACGGAGGAGCUGUCCAUCGGUCAGGGCCAUUAUCUUGCAUUUGACCGGUUGGCAGCAGAGCGCAUCAUCCCGGAGAGAACGAGCGUGUCCAAGGGGGAGUAG